GCUCAAUAGAUGCUGGAGGCUGCUUGCUUUUACUCUACUGACUUGGAUCUGGUUUCAUCUACAGAUAAAAGGGGAUUAAAAAACAUGACUGAGUGAGUGCUCUUUGCAGCAAACCAUCUUUGACAUAUAUUUCUCCUGGAACCAUCAAGAAUUUGGGUAAUUAGGACAAAAACAGCUCAUGAUGAACACUGUGCAUGUACGUUACACUCUCUACUUUGGAAAACUUUUGUCCUUUUACAAAAAUCAACUCAUAGCUCUUCAGAUAAGAAAACAGACAAACUUUCAGUUGGUGGCCAGGCGCAGAGGAAGACGCAGAAACCUGACAGAAACAGCGAUGGCGUCUUUAGGGUUGCAGAUUCUCGGGGUUGCUCUGGCCGUGAUUGGAUGGUUGGGGAACAUCCUGAUCUGCGCGCUGCCACUGUGGAGAGUCUCUGCCUUCAUUGGCAACAACAUUGUGGUGGCCCAGAGCAUCUGGGAAGGCCUGUGGAUGAGCUGCGUGGUGCAGAGCACAGGCCAGAUGCAGUGCAAAGUCUACGACUCCCUCCUGGCUCUGCCUCCAGACCUCCAGGCGGCUCGGGCCAUGAUCGUCAUCUCCAUCCUCUUCUCUUUCUUCGGCCUGCUGCUGUCUGUGGUUGGUGGGAAAUGCACCACCUGCAUCGAGGAUGAAACAGCCAAAGCUCGAGUGUGCAUCUCUGCUGGUAUUUUCUUCCUCCUGAGCGGAGCGCUGUGCCUUGUGACCGUCUCUCUGCCGGCCAACGCCAUCAUCAAGGACUUUUACAACCCGCUGAUUCCUGACGCUCAGAGGAGGGAGCUGGGCGCCUGCCUGUAUGUGGGCUGGGGGGCAGCGGGACUUUUACUGAUCGGUGGGGCGCUGCUGUGCUGUCAGUGCCCGUCAGGAAGAGAGCACUACAACGGAGUAAAGUACACUGCGCCCAAAUCCACAACGCCAGGGAAGGAGUUUGUCUGAGCUGCUGAGCAACAGAGACGAACUCGCCAAAAGACAGAACAAACUUUUUCUCAGAGGGGAUUCUGACUAAUAUCAACAACUAAAACAAACUGACUUUCUGCUUGAGAAAGAUUGAUAGAUUAACUCAUUAAACGUUAGAAUUAUGCAAUUAUUUCCUUACUUAUUGAUUGUGAUGAUCAGUAAUAUUUUCUAACAGGCACUUGUUUUUGUUUUUAUUAUCUAAGAUGCAUUUUUCAAUGCUAUAUUUUAUUAAAAUAAAUACAUUUCAUGUCAAAAAUGUGGCAUGUGCUUUUUUUAUUCACAAGUGAAAUAGGUUUUUGGAGUACCAACUAUACUACCUGCAAUCAGGAGGUUUAUCUGCCACUAAAUUCAAAUUAGGGAAAAUGUUCUUACAUCUGGAUGUUAAUUAAAUUAUUAGAGGAGGGGUUUUCAAACUGAGGUUCGUGGGCCAGUUGAAGCUGGUCAGGAAUUGUACAUAUUUCUCCAGCAGCACAAGUGGUUGAUGAAAACACUUUGUAAACUAUUUCUGGUGAGGUUUUCUCUGAAAAAUGUUAAUAAAAAAUCAAGACCAAAUGUGUACCAAGAAAACUGUUGGGUAAAAUAAGUUACCUACGUUAGGUAUUUGGGUUUUACCUGCUUACCUGGUUUUAAUAACAUCAUUUGAUUUAGUUUUUAUUUUUAUUCUUUACGUUGUGACUCUUAUAUUGGGUUUGUGAAUAAAAGCAAUGUCUGAUUGUAAACA